AUGGCGACGGCGAGCGACACUAGGGUUUUGGGGACGGCGAAUCAAGAUGCAAUGAUGAAUGAAUCUGGAGGGCAGGGGAGGCCUCCGGGUGAUCCCCCCGACUCAUGGGUAGGGAAGUUGGUAGGGAGUAAUGGUGGUGGGAUGCGCAGGCCAGAGGAUGUUUUGGAUGAGAAGUUUGUGGCAGAAAGGGUUACCCUUGAGUUCCCUGAUGGGGUGGAUGGGGAACCAGUGAUAACCAUAGGAUCGGAUGUGCUGGAGGCGAUGAACGAUUUAUGGAAGCAGUGUAUGAUUGUCAAAGUCCUUGGACGGAACGUACCGCUUAUGGCGUUACACCGGAGACUAAAAGAAUUAUGGAAACCUAAAGGGGCGAUGGUUGUUAUGGAUCUACCCCGUCAGUACUUCAUGAUUCGCUUUGGAGAAGAGGAAGAUUACAUAAACGCUUUAACAGGAGGACCGUGGAGAGCGUUUGGAAGCUAUCUUAUGGUUCAGGCUUGGAACCCGGAGUUUGAUCCAGUCAAGGAUGACAUAACUACAACGCCAGUUUGGGUGCGUAUCUCUGAUUUACCGGUUAACUUCUAUCACAAGGCAAUCCUUUUUGGUAUUGCGAGAGGAGUGGGGAAGCCUAUCAAGGUGGAUGCAACCACGUCGAAUUUGGAGAGAGCAAGGUUUGCACGGGUUUGUGUGGAGGUUAACCUUAAGAAACCAUUGAAGGGUUCAAUUAUGGUUAAUGGUGCAAGAUUCUAUGUUUCAUAUGAGGGACUAUCUAAUGUAUGCUCGGGAUGUGGUCUUUAUGGUCAUAUGAUUCAUACAUGUCCGUCGUCGGUUCGAGCAAGAGAGGAGAUGAGUGCUCCUCGAGCUCAGCGCACUGGGACUGAGAUGCCUCCUGGUCACGCAGAAGAUGGAUACACGCAGGUGAAGCGAUCGGGUCGGAAGGCGUCGGGGUCGACGGAUGUGGCAGCUGCUGCUAGGGGCCAAAAAGGAAAUGCGAAUCUUGGUAGGCGUGAUUCACGGUUGGAGAAGAAUAUGGAAAAUAUCACUGUUUCCAACAGUUUUGAUCGGUUAAGGGAAGAUUUGGAGUUUGAAGAUCCACGUGAAGAUACGCGUAAAGAUACGUCGCGUGGUGAGGGGAACAAAGAGAACCAAGAUGUGAAUGUGAAACGUGUUCCGCAAACAGGGCCUAUGGUGUUUGAGGCAGGCCCGUUAAGGCCCAUUGCGGGAAGCAAAAACAAUGACAAGGGGAGGAAGAAUGGGCCGAUGAAAACCAUUAAUCGAUUUAAGGCCCAAGCGAAAGUGAAACCGGUUAGAGGGCUGAUUUUUGGCCCACAACAUCAGGACUCAGAACUUUCGUUGACUGGGAAGAGAAUGAGGGUUGAACCGGGAAACGUGGGUCGCUCAGGAGGGCGAUUUGUGAAUGAGAACCAAGGAUCAGGAAAGGAGGGUCAACAUGAGCAGGCGGAGGGCAUGGAGACAUCUCUGGUUCCGAUGGCGGUUGUCGAGCAUACAGAGGGCACUGAGAAAUCAGGGAACUCUGAGAUGGAGAUGGAGGUGAGGGAGAACCUCGACUAG